AAAGUGUUGUAAACAUGUGCGAUAAUGACUAAACCCGGAAGUUUAAAAAUAUACGUAUUAAGAAAGAUGAGGUCGCAUCUAGGAACAGAGGUAGUUUUUCUACAGAUAAUGAUCUCGGGAACAAUAUGCUUUGUUAAUCUGGUUCAAGAUCAAGGGUUGAGAGGAAUAGCGGACAUGGGCGCACCUCCUCAGCAAAACGCUUGGACAGCUGGUAAAGCUAUUGAUGGUAACAUCAAUCAGAACUACUUAUCGAACUCUUGUGCCAUAACGGAUGUUGAAGGAAACCAUAAUACUUCUACAUGGUGGAAAGUUUGGUUGAAAAAAAAGUUUAACGUAGCCUACAUAGAAAUAUACUUUAGAUCUGAUAGUUUUGGGAGAUCAACCGGGUUUUCCAUUUAUACAUACAUCCCGAGAACUUUUUAUCCCCUUACCGGUCCCAAACACAAGGUGUAUCAGCAUGACCCACAGUCUGGAUGUCCAAUGUCUGUUAUGAACGUCACUAUUAACAACCUUACGCAAGGAAUAACGUUCAUCAAUAAAAGACCAAAUGGAUAUACAUCCAAAUGUCCAGACGACAACGUGCUGUAUACUGGGAUAGAAAUAUGUGAAAUAAGAGUAAUGGGUUGUGAUUCAGGAAGGUAUUCGAACGGAUGUACCAAGCUUUGUUCCUCUAAUUGUACAGGAGGCUGUGACGCCUUCAAUGGAUCCUGUAUACAUGGAUGUUCUGACCCAAACGCACUCACAAUUGACUGUAUCGUGUGUACGGGCAAUAAAUACAUAUCAAACAAAUUAUGCAUAGACUGUCCAGGCCAUUGUAAAAACGGUGCUCCGUGUAAUAAGUUGACGGGAAUGUGUGAUAACGGGUGUGCAAACCAGUGGACUGGAGCAUUUUGUAACAUAUGUCCCGCAAACUUCUACGGUAGUGACUGUAACACUACGUGUGGGCAUUGUAGAGGUAACGAUGUUUGCAACAACAUCACAGGGAACUGUCCCAAUGGUUGUCAGUCACAGUGGCAGGGAGACAGGUGUGAUGAAUGUGUAAAUGGAUUUUACAACUCGUCAUGUACAGGAGUGUGCGGCCAUUGUUCCAAUUCAGAGUUUUGUGAUAAAGUGAACGGGCAUUGUUUGAAUGGAUGUACGUCAAACUUCCAAGCUCCUUUAUGUCAAGAAUGUGUUGGCGGAUUUUACAAUCGCACAUGUACUGGAGUGUGUGGACAUUGUGUAAAUGGAGAAGUAUGUUUACCAGAUACUGGAUACUGCGCUAAUGGAUGCAGCAACCACUAUCUAUAUCCUUUUUGCCAAGUAUGCAAAGACGGAUAUUAUGGAGAUACAUGUAACAUAAAUUGUGGUCGCUGUAAAGAUGGACACGCAUGCGAUAAACACAACGGACAUUGUUAUAGUGGUUGUGUACCUAACUUCCAGCAACCCAAAUGUGAAGUGUGCGAAAACGGUUUCUACAACGCAAACUGUACCGGCAGAUGUGGUCAUUGCAAAAGUGGACAUGCGUGUAACAAAGAAAAUGGAAAUUGUUUAAACGGUUGCAGUUCAAACUUCCAAAUGCCUUUGUGCCAAGAGUGCAACAUUGGCUUUUAUGGAGAAAACUGUAACAAAACCUGUACAAAUUGCAAUUCAAGUGCACCUAGUUGCGAUAGACUCUAUGGCCACUGUCUUUUUGGAUGUGAAGAUGGAAGGAAAACUACUAGUUGUGAACCAAUAGAAAUAAAGGACAACGAAAACGACUCCACAACAGGUGCUGUAGUUGGAGGCGUAGUUUCUGUCCUUGUUGUGCUGGUCGUUGUGGGUGUUUUUGGUUUUAUCUAUAGACGACGUAGAGGGGGAGAAAAAGAUAAUCACAAUAACGAAACUUCGAAGCCGCAUACGUUCCAUUCAAAAUUGUCUAGCAAAGGAAGAAAAUAUGCAGAUUUUAAAGACGAUUUACCAAACACAUCUACUGGAGAAUAUAUGAAUCAUACAUUGCCAGAAGACGACGGGGGAUAUUAUAAUACGGCAGAGGUCAACACUGUUAUUCGCGUCGAAGAUUUACAGCGUGUAAUAUCCGAGAAAAGCGCCGGAGAAAAUAAUAUGUUUCAAUCAGAGUACAGGAGACUUCCUGAAGGAAAUACUUCUGUAUGUAAAGAAGGGAAGAAGCAAGAAAACAUAGUGAAGAACAGAUUCAAAACCACGUUCCCAUAUGACCACUCAAGAGUUAUUCUGAAAGACACUUGGGAUGACGGGGAUAAUGAUUAUAUCAACGCUAACUUCAUAAAGGAUUUUAACGGUCAAAGGAUGAAUAUAGCUGCACAGGGUCCAAAAAACAAUACUAUCACUGACUUCUGGAGAAUGAUUUGGCAAGAGAACGUCAAAUUUAUCGUAAUGCUAACCAAUAUUGUCGAAAACGGAAAGAACAAAUGUACUCAGUAUUGGCCUACUAAAGAUAAACCACUAGAAGUUGGUCCGUGUAAAAUGCAUCUACUGAAGGAAACGGUGUAUGCUUUCCAUACAUUUAGGAAAUUUACAGUCCAGAACACGAACUCUUCUGUAAAAAGAAUGAUAACUCAUUUCCACUUCACUGCUUGGCCAGACCACGGGACACCAGAAGAACUAGGAUUGGUUCAGUUUCACAAAGCAGUCACCAGAAGCUAUCAAACAGGAGGACCGAUGUUAGUUCACUGCAGCGCUGGUGUUGGAAGAACUGGAACAUUCAUUGGUCUAGAUUCCAUGUUAAAACAAGGAAGAGAAACAAAGAGAAUCAACGUGUUUAAGUUUGUUAAACAAAUGAGAGAUGACAGAAUGACGAUGGUCCAGACACCGGGCCAGUACAUAUUUCUUCACAAAGUAUUGUUGUUUGGAUUCCAAGACGAGAAUACGGUUAUACAUGAGAGCGACAUACCGAACAAACUCACUGAAUUGUUACAGGACUCAGCACCGUUAAAUCAGACGGCCCUUUAUAAAGAAUACAAGUUUCUGCAAACUGCGAAACCAGUUUUUGAUGACGACGAUAAAGAAGACGGAAUGAAGCCAGAAAAUAAAGACAAAAACUCAAACAUGAAUGUCAUAUCUGUUUCCAAGUAUCGACCUUACUUGACGUCGUAUGUAAAAGGGAGAACCGACUACAUCAACGCAAUAUGUGUUCCAUCUUUCUCGAACCUCAGUGGGAUUAUUCUCACACAAGCCCCUUUUCAAGCCACGACUGUUGAUUUGUGGACACUGUGUGUAGAUCAUGAUGUUAAGGCGAUUGUAAUUUUAUCUGAUGCCAACGAGAGUACCAAACAGGAUGUUGAUGUUUUCCAUAUACCUUUUGAAAACGAUAAUGCUAUGUUAAAGGGUGUAGAAUUGCUGCUUGAAAAAGGAAAAGUAAACGAGUUUACCUCAGUCGUCAUUAGCAAGGACGGUGCUGGUCCAGCUGGUGUAUUCUGCGUUUUACAUAACGCCCUCCAACAGUUACGUAUGGACGGAGAGGUGGACUUAUUGACCACUGUCAGAUUAAUCCACACAAGACGACCGGAAGUCAUCACUAAAAUGGUAGCACGAGUUACAAUUUUGCAAAUAUUUGUGACAGGAUCAUCAUGUUUUGUGAAUUUGGCUCACACACCUGCUCAGAAUAUACAGGGGACAGCGACAAUGAAUAAACCUCCUCUUAGAACUCGCUGGUCAGCAAAUAAAGUUGCUGAUGGAAUUACAACCCAGACUGCUUCCGGAGGAUCCUGUGCGAUCAUGAACUUUGAUCAACGCUAUAAAUCGGUUUGGCUAAAGGUUCUAUUGGGACGCCUGUUCAACGUUGCUUACAUCGAACUUUACCUCAGAAAUGAACAGCAUCGAUCAUCGGGUUUUUCCAUUUACGCAUACUAUGAUGACAUCUUUAAUUCUUCAUCACCGAACUCAAGCAAUAUUGUGUAUCACCAUGACCCUCUGUCCGGUUGUCCAGCUCCAGUACAGAACUUCACUGUCAACAGACUGGCUAAACAAAUAGUGUUCACAAACAGCCGACCAGAUGGAUUUCAGACAAACUGUCCUGGAAAAAACAGCAAUCUUUACACAUCGAUCGAGAUUUGUGAAAUAAAAGUUAUGGGUUGUGACCAGAACAGGUAUGUGUGUAACGAUGGACAGUAUAUUUCAAAUCGGCAAUGUGUGAGCUGUAAGGGACAUUGCAAAGACGGUGCAACAUGCAACAAGCUGACGGGCCAAUGUGAUAGUGGAUGUGACACUCAAUGGACGGGAUUGUUCUGUGAACCCCAAAUGAUGCUAUCAGAUGACUCAAUCGAGAGCUCGGGUGCAGUGGCAGGCGGGAUUGUAUCAGUGUUGGUUGUAUUGGUGGCUCUUGGAAUAGUGGGUUUGGUCUAUAGACGACACAAAGGAGGAAAGAAACCUGAAGCAAACAGCAAUGUAAUACAAGCUAAGCCCAGUUCAAAUCAGUCGAGGAGGGAACAAAAAUAUGCUAAUAUAAGUGAGAAUUCACAGAGAAAUCUGUUUAGCGAAUUUACAAACGAAACGGCAACAGACGACAAUGGGGGGUAUUAUAACACCAAGGAACUAGCUACAUUUAUCCGUGUAGAAGAUCUACAAAGAGUUAUACAGGAGAAAAGCAAUGGCGAAAGCAACGUAUUCCUAUCUGAAUACAAAAGACUUCCAGUCGCAAAUACUUCUAUAUGUAAGGAAGGAAAGAAACAGGAACACAUGGCAAAGAACAGAUUUAAAACGACGUUUCCAUAUGACCACUCUAGAGUUAUACUCAACGAAAAAUGGAAUGAAUCAGACAAUGAUUAUAUCAACGCCAAUUUCAUAAAGAACAAUGAAGCUAAAAAGGCCUAUAUAGCUGCCCAAGGUCCUAAGAACAACACCCUGGAGGACUUCUGGAGAAUGAUUUGGCAGGAGAACAUAAGGUUCAUUGUAAUGCUCACCAAUGUUGUCGAAAAUGGAAAGAAUAAGUGCGCACAGUAUUGGCCUGAAAAAGUCAAACCAUUGGAAGUUGGUCCGUGCAAAAUGCAUCUACUAAAAGAAUCUACGUACGCUCUUUAUACUUGUCGAAAAUUCACUGUACACAACUCCAUGUCUUCUGAAAAAAGAGCGCUUACCCAAUAUCACUAUACGGCUUGGCCAGACCACGGGACACCAGAAGCACUAGGAUUGGUUCAGUUUCAUAAAGCAGUCACUAGAAACUAUCAACCAGGAGGACUGAUGUUAGUUCACUGCAGCGCUGGUGUUGGAAGAACUGGGACAUUCAUUGGUCUAGACUCCUUGCUUAAACAGGGAAGGGAAACAGGAAAAAUCAACGUGUUUGAGUUUGUUCAACAAAUGAGAGAGGACAGAAUGACCAUGGUUCAAACACCGGAACAAUAUAUAUUUCUACAUAAAGCGUUGCUUAUUGGAUUUCAAGACAUGGACACAGUGUUACUGAGGAGUGAAGUCACCCACAAAUUUAACAUACUGCUCAGUGAUAAAUCUCCGUUAAAACAGACAGCGUUGUAUAAAGAACACCAGUUCCUGCUAGCAAUGAAACCUGUACAUGAUAACAAAGUCAACGCAGAUUCGAUGCUUCCGGAAAAUAAGGAGAAGAAUGCAAACAUGGACAUACCUCCAGUUUCCAAGUAUCGACCUUAUUUGACGUCAUAUGUAAAAGGAAGAAACGAUUAUAUAAAUGCAGUCCGUGUUCAAUCGUUUUCAGAUCUCUGUGCUUUUAUCCUUACACAAAUGCCCCUCCAAGAUACAGAGGUAGAUUUAUGGAGACUAUGCGUUGAUCAUGAUGUAAAUGCGAUGGUUAUUUUGACCGAGUACAUUGAGGAAAUACAUUGGAUUCCGCGAAAAGGAGAUAUGCGUGAGUGUACACCAUAUACUCUCAGUUUUGACGGUAGUGGAAGUAGCAUUAGUGGGGUAUCGGUUAAUACUUUGGUGAUUGCAUACGACGAUAAGAGAAGAGAACUUGAUGUGUUUCAUAUACCAGUUCGAAAUGAUAGCGCUAUGUUAAAAGGCGUAGAGUUGCUGCUUGAGAAAGAGAGAAAAAACAACUUUAAAUCGCUUAUCGUUAGCAGGGACGGUGCUGGUUCAGCUGGUGUAUUCUGCGUUUUACAUAACGCCUUCCAACAGUUACGUAUGGACGGAGAGGUUGAUAUUUUGGCCACAGUGAGAAUGAUCCAAACACGACGACCGGAAGUCAUUACUAAGCUGGAGGAAUACAAGAGAUGCUAUGAACUCCUUUUUCUUUCAAUAUCAGAAGAUGGAAUAUACGCCAAUAUGUAGUAAAACAAUAAUCCCUCCGUAUACACGUAAUACAUUCGGAAAAAAUAAACUAUCGUCAAAAAUUGUCAAAUGAAUUAACACUGACGAAUUUUAAUCAGGUUCUAUUUUGUGUGAUGUAGUAUGUUUUUCUUUCAAUUAUUGUUAUAGAAGAAAUAAAUUAAUUGUUGUCAUAUAAAUCAUUAUUGCAAUGUCACUGUUAAGUCGUAGAGUGGUAACGAAUGCGUAUAACUACUAAAACGAAUUAUAUUGAUGUUUGUGAAAUAUCUAAAUGAUUAUUAAUCAGUUCAUGGUGAACAUAUUUUACAAAAAAUGAUUGAUUGAUAGUAAAAUAAAAGCUACUAAUAUCAUUGAUAUAUCUUGUUUAGUUUUUAUUGAUUUUCGUUUAUUUUCCUUAUAUGUAUUGUUUGUUUGUUUUUUGAGGUUUUUCUAUUGUUUAGGAUUUUCUUCUUGAUUUUGUUUUGCUUUUGAGGAUAUCAUUUUGUUUGCUUAACUGUUUGAUAGGGUUUUUUUUAAAAGUAGUUAUUUUUAAAAGUAGUUAAAAGUAGUUAGUAUCUUUGAGUAAUCAAUCAAUGUUAUGUGCAUGAGACAGCAUACACGUAUGCAUGUAUUUGUAUUUGUAUUUUCGCUUUCUGUGCAUUUUUAUACAAAUCAUUUUUAUGGAUGUACCGCACUUGGUUUUUUUUUUAAACAAAUAAUCAGCAUUUGAUAAUUUUAUGAUGUAAAAAGUGUUCACAAACAUUUUAUUUUCAUUUUUAACGUUAUUAGAAAUAUGUCUUACCAUUUUACAUAAAGUAUCAGUUUUAAACUCCAUUUAGAAUCUAUACUACUAUAUUAAAAUAAAAGACUCGAAUUCAAUACCGAGAAAUCGGAAGCAUACUGUUUUUUGUUUUAUAUAUUUUAAACAUCAUUGGUACUUGAAGAUUACCAUUUUGUUUUAAUUUUUUCUUAGUUAAGCUUCGAAUAUUAAUAAUCACCGAAAAUUCCUAAAAAAUUCCCGGAAAUCACCUGGAUUUUUGGAUUUUACAAUCUUGCGCUUGCGCAAUACAUUCACGCAAACGGGAUCUUUAGUUUAUGUUUCCACAAUAUCACAUAUGCAUGAAUAAACUCAGAAAUGAUAAUACAAAUACGGGUACAUUUUCAUUGGACUUUUGCUAUUUAUUCUGUUCAUAUUAAUGAUUUCCUAUGAGAGAAAAUAUAAAAUAACAAUUUGAAAUAUACAUUUCAACUUAAAACUUACUUUUGUCUUC